AUUAAAAAUCCAAUUUUCUGCUAUUUAUAUUUGUUUAUUAAACACGAAAUUCAGGUGCCACAGGAUUGUUGUAACAGUUCGUUAAUCUUCGCUGCCAUACCGCUGCCUGAACAAUGGAAACCCGCUCCACAAACAGCGCCCUGGGGGGAAUCGUAACCCCUACCGGACCCAACAUUUGCCGGAUUUGUUUAACCAACGGUGGUCCAAGCAUUCGAACGUCGACUUUUAAUCCCGGAGACGCAUCAUCCGUACUGGAAUCGAUCUUUUCGACGGUGUCCGAGUACAACCAUCGGAGUUUGUACGGUAUCAUGUUGACCGUGUGCAGCCCUCUCAGCCAGCGAGAUUUACUUCGGGGAGUGCCGGAACGAAUUUGCCACGGUUGCAAGUGGCGGCUGCUUUCGGCUUACGAUUUCUACGAGACCUGCCUGAGAAACGAUGACCGAAUACGGGAACUGACUGGCGCCGGAAAGCAGAUACAGGAUCAAAUACGAAAUCCGGGUGAACCUCAGGUUCUAAUACAGCAAGAUGAUUCAAUCCAGGAUAUGACUCCCGACAUUAUGAUGGACCAGUCAUCGUCGUUCAUGUUCGACAGCAAUAGCUACUAUCCGGAAGCUGAGAGUACACAAUUCAUGGACGGAAACGCCGCCGAUUUGCUGGAAGAAAUGCCCACAAAGGAACCGCAGGAUGAGGCGUUCUUCGAGGAGCAUUACAAACUAAACGACAAAGGCAACCACAGCUGUGGAAUUUGCCAGCAAGAGUUUAUCUACAAGAGCCAGUGUAGGUCGCACAUUUUGGUGAAGCAUGAUCCGAGCAAACCGUUUAAGUGUGAUGUGUGCUUCAUUACGAUCACGACCGAGAUGCGGCUCGUUCGCCACAAGACUAUCUAUCAUGGUGAAGGAGUUAUCAAGAUUUCCGAAUUGGAAGAAAAGAACGAAGGAACAGAUUCCUGGACCUGUAAGAUAUGCUCGAAAUCGUUUCCCUCCAUUAUUCGUUACAAGAAGCAUAAAGGCGUCCACGUGGCCCACAAUAGGCCGUUCAAGUGUGACGUUUGUUUGUAUCGGUUCUCGAGUAAGUCGCAGUUGAGACAGCAUUCCAAAUUGCACCAGGAUGAGGCUGGCGGGGGUGAAAUGGGCGCUCAACUGCAAACGUCUGAAGCGGAUCCAAAAAAGUGUGACUACUGCGAGGAAAAAUUGACCGGUAAACGCGCCAUGACGAUGCACGUGCGUCGCUUCCAUCCCCAGGAACUGAUGCAAGCCGAAGCACGUGAGAAGAACAACUACAAAUGUAUCAUCUGCUCGGAGGCAUUUGCCCGGGAAAGUGUCCUCAACACUCACAUGAAGAUGCACGAACUGAUGGCCAUGGAAAAGAGCAAAGAACAGAACCAAGUCCUGGAGGCGCUAGUCAAAAAAGAACUGAAAGAACAGCGCAACUCGAUGGAUGUUGCUCAGGAAGGUCCGAUGGCGAACGAUGGAAUGGGGAACAAUACUUCGUUGAAAAAGAAAAGCGAUGUGGACGUGCUGUUCGUUUGUAUGGUUUGUCAGCAGGAGUUUGAGGAACGCGGUCAGCUGCUGAAGCAUCAGAAAAAGUCUCAUUCCGAGUUGCAUCUGAAUAUUGUCUCAUCGACCAAAAAUGAUUCAGUUGCGGCAGACAACGCUGAAGAAGCAAACGAAGGGCAGCCUAACGAGUCCCCCACGUACGACGAGUCGAUGGUCAUAGCCCUCGAUCCGUCUCAGCUACUCGGCCAAUCGAUGCCGGCCGACGGUAGCACACGGCUACAACCCGUUGUCGAUGGUGCUGCACCUGUUCCUGCCCUACCCAAGUGCGAUCUGUGCGGUAAAACCUUCAUCUAUAACUGUCUGCUGCAGACGCAUCUGAAAAAAAGCCACAGCGAGUCGAAACCCUUCGAGUGUAAGGUUUGCCACCAGCGGUUCGGAUACCGUGGAACCCUACAGAAGCACGAGUUGACACAUUCCGCCCAGCACAUCAAACCCGGCGAUCACGGUUCCAUCAUGUUUAAGUGCAAAAUCUGCUCGGCUAAAUUCUUGGAGCUGAAGCAGCUGUCGUUCCAUCUGAAAUCGCAUCGCAAUGAAGGUUCGGCAGCAGACAAGGAACCCACCCGGAAGGUGGAAAUAUUCAAGUGCAGCCACUGUCCCCAGAUUUUUAGCGAUCGCGAUCAGUUCGAUGAACACCUGGUGCAGGCGCAUCAGCAAGCCCCAAUUCCACAACAAAAUCAUCAUCCGACUGGUAGCACCGACACAGAAUCAUCCCAAAACCGACCCCGAUUGGAUCGACCCAUGAACGAGAAGGAGAUGUUUUUCGAUAGCCUCUCGAUCGUCAAGUUGGAACGCGUUUCGGAUUCGGAAUAAUCGAUCGACUAAGAUUUUUAAUGUUUCGUGUUACGUGGACGGCUUUUUUGUGAUCCUUGUUUGUACUAGAAGCCACAAAAGCUGUUCUCUAUUAUAGUUUCUCCAUAAUUUGACCAAGGUAGGUAGUAGUGUUCAUUAAUUAUGAGCGAUACUAAAAACUGGAUGUGAUUAGUUUUAAUAUUACCAAUAAUAUGUAGCCAGAUAAAAUAUACGUAGUGUAUUUGAACC